AUCUCUUCCGUUUUUCGUCUGGCGCCGGAACCAAGUGCAGCUUCCAAAAUGGCGAUUGACGAUCUCAUAACAGAUCCGGUCCUGCGGCCGUUACUGCAAACGUCCCACGCGACCCUUACGCAGACACUUUCUGUCCUGACCUGGUUGGAGGAAAACGCGACGACUUCAAUUCCUACACUUGAGCAAAAGCUUGAGCUAGCGCAACAACACAAAAUGCUGAAUGCAUACCUGGCCAAGCUACGAGGCCAACAUCGACAAGCAGCCUUCGGAGCCCGGGCAACUAAGCAGGAGACGGCAGAGGCAAGACAGGAAGUUGAUCGACUGCUAUUACAGCUGCAGAAUUUAUACUAUGAACAGAGACACCUCCUGGGCGAGAUUGGAACUUGCGAGGCAUACGAUCACCUCUACAUGCACCUACCACUCCAUCCGUUGGAUGAAUACAUCGCGAUGUUUCCGGAUCAGGCAGAAUUACCAGAGCAGGAGCUAAUGCCAUUAAGAAUCGAAUAUGAAAAGCAAGAGCGGGAGAAGAUGGAGCAGAAGCGAUUGGAGCUGGUCAAGAUCAAGGAUGCACUGGUCAAGGAGAAUACCAGGAAGAAAGAUGAGCUGAAGAAGAUGGACGAGAAAUUGGAGGUAAUGAUCGAUGGGCUCAAGCCUCUGGAGGAAGCGCUGCAAAAAGAACUGUGACGAAUGGUCGUCCCCGUCCUCGCUGCGGUGUAGUGGGCGUUCUCAAUCUUGACUGAGGCUAAAAGCCUUUCUACACCUGACGACGGACGCCCAGACUUGUGGGCCUUGACUGGUUCCAGGAAAAUGCCUUGUCGAGAGGCUGAGUCGUGCUUUGGCAAGCUCGUCGUCAUUUUAUGAGCUAUGGACCUAUUUCAAGCAGGGCUCGUGAAACCCGUAUGUCUGUUGAAGAUGCCACUAGUACCGGCCCUUCGAUAUCUUCGGGGUAUAAGCAUUGCUUCGAUCUGCUACACCACGGUUACUUCCGACAACACCCUACACCGAUAUGAUCGACGACAAAAGCGGGAAGCGACGAUGCAGAAGCAUACUGUUGCAAAUUCAACCAGAAGCUGCGCUAGCAAGAGCACCAUCAUCUUCACCAGUCCUUUGACCGCCUGCAUAACUGCGUCGCAAACUUCCUCGAUCCGCACUCCUCAAGCCAACAAGAUAACGGUGACUGCAUGCGACGCCCGUCUGGUCAGAAGAAAAUCAGCUCCCGACGUACUCGCCCCUGCUGUAACCCUUAGUGCGGAAGCAUCAGCGUCAAUCGCCAGCUGUACCAUCAAUACCUCGAACUGUCUUCACACGGCCACUGUGAUCGGGGAGCAAUUGUCUUUGAUCUCAUUUUUGCAGGUCAGCAAGCUGGAGCUUUUCAGGAAUUCGGGUGUCUAAUCGCCAUCUAAGCAAGUGACCUGGCUUCCGCGGGACCCUGCGCGGUCUGUUCCGAUGUUUGCACGGGGCUAGUUCUAAGGGUCAUCUACAGUGCUUAGACGGCAUCUGGCUGGAUUCACCAAGCUCUGUUUUGUUCGGCAUGUCUUCCCCAGGUGACGAUUUGGUCUAGGACUGGAUUACAAGUCACCCAGUCAAGGCGAAGGCAAAUCAAAUGCAAUACAUCGAUACUCAUUCACAUCAUCGAGCUUCUUUUUUCGGACCAACUCGGUUGCCACCCCUGAAAACGGAGGGUCAUACAGAGCUGAGGAACCGAUGAGAUCUCUUGGACUCGGUUCCAGGAUGUAGUUCAAGAAGGCCCGGGGACCACCAUCAUAGGCAAUUCAAGUGAAUAUAGGCGGAUUCACGACCCAUAUUCGUUCCUCACUCGCUCCGAUCAUGUGUUCAAGAGGGGGUGCUAAUUUUAUACCCAAUGUGACAAUCUUUUGAACCAUACUCGGUACAAGUAGUGACUAGGCAGGCGGCAAAAACGACGGGAAAGCUACUCACCUUGCCACUUAUCCCUCACUUCCCAUCAACUGGCUUGCCGCUAGGUCGCAAACGUCGUUCAAGACCAACGCAGAAACUCUCCUCGACUCUACCAGACGUUGCAAACAUGGCGGGGCGAAAAAGGCAGGUGGAUAUCUUUGUUCCGUUGAAGUGGGCAACGGCGAUGUUUGGGGACCGAUGCAGCUUUACUGAAAGUCCCGAUGUGAAAGAGGCAAUGAUGGUACAUAUCAUUCUAGAGGAGAGAUUCUGUUACAGGCCUACCUUGUUCCUACUUGGUAGCACUGUCGUGCUUAUUGUUGUCCUUAUUGGUCGGUCGGUGCCGGCAAAGGCGUAUCAGACUCGUGG